AAGGCAAACGAAUAUUCUGAUAUUUUGACAGCCUCGUUAUAUCAAAAAUUACAAGGAGAUAAUAACAAGGUUGCAGUCUCUAAACAGGGCAGCGAAUCUAGCCAGCAAACACCAUUCCUGCAGCACGUGCCUCGUGUUCAUCGCCAAUCUUGUGGCGUGCAUCGACAGCUGCCAGGACACAACAAAAAUGUUAUAGUAUAGUGUCCCACAGCAAAACAUCCGCAAGCCCAGACUCAUCACAUAGACGCUAUCGCUAAUGCGCCGAAGACCUCCUGUCAAUUUCACUUCGCUAUAUCAGCACCUCCCCUCUCUCCUGGCGGACUCGCAAUCCCCCAGCUCAGAAGACACCCACUCCAUGUCAUUACCUCUCAUCGUUGCCCAGUAUGGUAUCACAGGUCACCCCACUCGAACCGAACACUGGAGCAUUGCCAUCUUGUCCUCCAAGAUGAACGCCCGCAUAUUCGAGCUUGCAGGCAACUACGACACUUUUGUGUAUGCACCAAAGACUGUCACGCGAUUUACGCAAUCCCAAAGCAUGAUGGGCGGAUGUCACAUUGCCAACAUUCCAGCGAGUAGAGUGAAUUGGCUGGAAGAGCGGCUGAAAAGCGUCCCAGUCAUUCGAAAUGAUCCAAACUUCGAUUGCCAAACUUGGGUGAUAGAAGCGCUUCGAUUAAUGAAAUAUGACGGGGUGAUUUCGCAAAACAUAAGCGAAGUCGCUAUCAGAACGGAGAUGGCCAAGGAGAAGGAACGCUGGGAUGUUGCGGACGAUACAGUCGAAGUCAGACUUUUCCCUUGAUGGCAGAUAGGAAAAACAUGGACGAAUUUUGCAAAAAAUGGAUUUUAUUACAAUUGUUGUGGGUUGUAUAUUGGGAUAUAUGACGGGUAUAUCAUGAUCA